AUGGACUCACAUAUCUCGCACCCUCAAGGCACCAUGAGCCCCGAGCAAAGUUUCGCUGGCUACUCCUAUGCCACACGAUAUUCUACUCCCAUCCGCGAGGACGACUCUUCAGUAUACGAGCCAUCUACAGUUUACUCGCAAAGAAGCGAUGCUUCGUUUACAGGUUAUGGAGGCCUGGGUAUCACCAGCCACCCAUAUGGACCCUUGCCUGAUGAAGUUGGCUACAGCACUCAUCUACCAUACACUCCUGAAGCAUCACCCCCAGCGCCCUGCUCAACCAGUGAUGCUAUCACAACCCGUAGUGGACUUAGCAUCGCGAAGAAGCCACUCACAGCCAAGUCGCCAGCAGUAAGGAGUGGUCGAGUGCAGAAGAAAAGUCGCGCCGAGAAGGCCAACACCGCGAGCAAUCUGGUUUCAGGGCCCCUUUCCGAAGCUGCUAAGAGCCACCCCAACAUCCACGUUGCUGACAUAGAGACCUUUGUCAAUCGUUCUAGCGAAGAAAGACUCUCCGAAACUUCGAGCAACAAGAAAGAAGGUCAGAUCAAGCGUCCCAUGAACGCCUUUAUGCUGUACCGCAAGGCAUACCAGGAAGUAGCCAAGGAAGAGUGCUCUCAAAACAACCAUCAACACGUGUCAAAAGUCUGCGGUGCCGGAUGGCGCAUAGAGCCCCCUCACAUCAAAGAGGCAUUCGACCAGUGGGCUAGGGUUGAACGAGUGAAUCAUCAGCGAGCACACCCUGGAUACAAGUUCACGCCUUCGAAGCCAAGAAAAGUCAGACGUGACGGAGAUGUCGACGAUGAGUACUCGGACAACGACUCAGACUGGAACAGCGGGCGCGGGCUUUCCAGUGCAGCGCGCAGGUCUAGAUACCGACAUGCUACACGACUGAGUGAAGCCUCUUCUACUGCCUAUGAUGCUGUUGGUAACUCGAUGGUUGAUCCGUCGAUGGCACCCUACCACGACAUGCACGCCUACACAUCUCAUGUUCGACCUUCUGUCUUGCCAUAUGAUCAGAUGGCGCCGAAUCAAUACGAGAUAUCCAUGCGCCAGUACAACGGUUUGAAUAUCAGCAAUGAGCUGGGCAGCAGAGCCACUUCACCUGGAGAGUUCAAUUAUUCGACCCAUGGCUUGGACGGGUUCACCCAUGACUAUUAUGGUGCUGCCGUGUCAACCUAUGAUAAUGCCGUAGCUCCCCUGUUCGUACCAGGUCCUCCAUACGAGACGUAUGAAGGAAUCCACACAGGAGCUCCCUUGGGACAAGAAGGCUGGAUUAUGGAGAGUGACCAUGACCUGAUACCCGUGAUGGGUGGUUACGAAGACACCACAGCGCAAGACGCUUACCUCAAGGGCAACAAAGAUGACUGGAAAGUUGAAGUGAUGGACGAGCCCGGUCACUUUGAAGAUUGUUGGUUGAGUUUGACCGUCACCGGUCUUGCUCUUCUUGCGCACGCGUGCUACUCUGCGCAAGAGCACUCCGUCAUCUCAUCAACAGCGGUCCAUCAUGGCCAGCCGCAACCGCUUGCAACACAUUCUCUCCCAAUCGAUAUAUCCAUUGAAGCUUUGGUAGCGACACUGGUUGUCGUUCUGGGUCUGGUUAUGGGAACCCCGCAGCUUCGACCGAUCAAGUGGCAUGAAUGGGCUGGAAAGAUUGAGCGUGAAGGAGAGGCUGGUUUUACGACUGGAAGUGGUGAGGUCGAGAAGGACUACCGCGGGAAUCCUUUCAGCAUUCUGGAGACGCGACCUGGUUUUAUUGACAUUCGCAAGCAGCGACGCGAGUUCGCAAGCUGGGUCAAGGCGGAGGAGAAGUAA